GUCCCUAAGGACCACGCAAAGACACGAACAUACAUAUUUGCUUCCUCCUCUAAAACUUGGAUGCCCUAAAGGUCUAAAGGCGUUGAUCAAGACCAAACUUUCACAAUAAAAAAAAUAAUUAAGGUAGGAGUGCUUUUGAAAAUAAAUAAUAAUAUAUUUCCUUUCAUAUGAAUUUCAUUUGUUUUCAAUAUAUGAUUAAUGUGAAAUGUCCAAAGAAAUUCCAAACAAAAUGGAAAAACUUCUCUUCUUCCUCCCACUCAUCAUUCCUCUUCUCUCCGUCGCCGCCACCUGCCGCCACCCUCUCGACCCACUCUCCUCGUCCGAAUUCGAAAUCAUCCGAUCACUGAUAACUAAUUCCAACCCCUCCACCAACAUCACCUUCCAAUACGUCGCUCUCGCCGACCCCACGAAGCAAUCUGUCCUCUCAUGGCUUGCAAACCCCAAAACUCGGCCACCACCCCGCCGUGCCACCGCUACCAUCCGAUUCAACAAAGCCACACACGAGAUCCUUAUAGACCUAGAAAAAAAAACCAUGAUCUCGAACAGGGUCUACUCCGGUACAGGGUACGCACCGUUCACAUUUGAGGAGCAGUUCGCGGCGGCCGCACUGCCGGCGUCACACCCUCCGUUCGUGGCGGCGAUGAAAAAAAGAGGGCUGAAAUUGGAGGAAGUGGUUUGUGCGUGUUUUAGCGUUGGAUGGUUUGGGGAAAAGAGGAAAGUGGAACAGAGGAUUGUGAAAGUUCAGUGUUAUUAUUUGGAUGGGAGUGUGAAUUUGUAUAUGAGACCUGUGGAAGGAGUAACGGUGACCGUUGAUCUUGAUGAGAUGAAGAUUAUUGGGUUUCGUGAUAGAUAUGUGGUUCCGAUUCCAAAGGCGGGUGGAACUGAGUACAGAGAAUCAAUGCUGAAGCCGCCAUUUUUGCCACCUUUGAACGGAAUGAAGAUGGUGCAGCCGGACGGCCCUAGCUUCCAAAUCAAUGGUCACUCCGUUAGUUGGGCAAAUUGGAAUUUUCAUGUAAGCUUAGAUGAGAGAGCAGGGCCAAUUAUAUCAUUAGCAUCAAUCUACGACAUCCAAAAGCAAAAACGUCGACAAGUGAUGUAUAGAGGAUUCAUAUCAGAAUUGUUCGUUCCGUACAUGGAUUUAAACGAAGAAUGGUACUAUCGAACGUUUUUUGAUGCCGGCGAGUAUGGCUUCGGCCAGUGUGCAGUUCCGUUACAGCCGCUUCGAGAUUGUCCGGAAAAUGCAGUGUUUAUGGACACUUACAUGGCUGCCGGAGAUGGUAGACCGAUGAAGAUGUCCAACACAUUUUGUAUAUUUGAACGGCAUGGCGGUGAUAUCAUGUGGCGUCAUACGGAGGGCACCAUUCCCAAUACACUUAUUAGAGAGACGAGAGCAGAAAUUAGCUUAGUAGUGAGAAUGGUGGCAGCAGUUGGCAACUAUGACUACAUUGUAGAUUGGGAAUUUAAGCAGAGUGGCUCCAUUAUUGCUAAUGUUGGGUUAACUGGUUUACUUGAAGUUAGGGCUUCGAAGUACACUCACAAAGACCAAAUAAAGGAGGAAGUUUAUGGCCCGUUGUUAGCCGAGAAUACAAUUGGUGUCCGCCAUGAUCACUUCCUCACCUACCACCUCGAUCUCGACAUUGACGGUGAUGCCAACUCCUUCCUCAAAUCCAACCUCCGCACUAUCCGAUCCCAAGACCCUGAUUAUCCUAGGCGAAGUUAUUGGACGGUUGUCACCGAGACGGCCAAAACAGAGGCAGAUGCGAGGAUCAAAUUUGGCUUCCAACAGGAUGAGUUGGUGGUCGUUAAUCCCAACCAGAGGACCAGAAUGGGGAACCCCGUCGGUUACCGUCUAAUUCCGAAGUCGACGACAAGUCCUCUUUUGAGUGCUGAUGAUUACCCCCAAAUUAGGGGAGCUUUCUCUAAUUACAAUGUGUGGGUUACACCAUAUAAUCGCUCCGAGAAAUGGGCUUCUGGACUCUACACUGAUCAGAGUCAUGGAGACGACACCUUGGCUACUUGGAGUCUCAGGGACAGGGAGAUAGAGGACAAGGACAUAGUGAUGUGGUACACAAUGGGAUUUCAUCAUGUGCCUUGCCAAGAAGAUUUCCCAUUAAUGCCUACUUUGAGCAGUGGAUUUGAGCUUAGACCAACCAAUUUCUUUGAGAGCAAUCCUGUGCUUAAAGUCACCCCACCUCACAUAGUCAACUUGACCAAUUUCUCUCAGACUUCAAACCAUAAUUAAAACUCCAUCUCCUUCUAUUCUGCUUUAAAUAAAUUUCAUCAACAACGCACAUUCUUUUACAUACGUCUCUGUUUUCAGCCCUGCAGAAGUCCAUCCGUUCUUAUUUCCGACGUAAAAGUUUUAUGUAAACGGUCAUUUGAUUUGAGAGUUUGUUUCUAUUUCUAUCAUUGAGUCACUUCAGUCCAUUGGUUAGAAACUCAAACUAUUUCUACAACCAUGAGUUUGAGUUUGGGUGGAGGGUAUUAAAAUAAAUUAAAUUUUAUGGUCAAAUUAAUAAUUUUCUUCUAGUA